CUUGAAGUGUGUCGCCCCGAACUGGAUGCAGUACUCCAGCUGCGGUCUAAGCCAGUGGGAAGUCUAUGGGAGUAGCUCAUCAGAGGAAAAUGCUGAGCUUUUUGCCCAAGGUGGCAUUCUAAUCAUCAUAAAUGAUAAGGGUGCGUGACCCUUGUAGCAGUUGCCUGGCCUCUCGUAGUCCUUUUACUGGUCAGCAUCUAUUUUAAACCUUGAUUAGUCCAACAAAAGUGACAAGGGGACCAUGUCUUUAUGGGAAUGGAACACAAACAGCAGAGCUAUUAGAUGGGCCCUGCAACUGGAUCCUUCCAUUCAAUUUCCCCAAAAUCUGAUACCAGGCUAUAUACUAGGUCUGCUAGAGUUGUGCAGUUGCUACUUUGCUUCACACUCUACAGAUUUGGAUUCAGAAGCAUUGUGACCUGCUUAUUCUGGGGAUGGGAUAUAGAAUUUAUUGUCUAGUGGCCGGAAACAUUUUAUGAAAGUUGUCAAACUAGCAGGAUGCUUUUGCACUGUUAAAAUACUAAAGUGUGAACUAAGCCUAGAGAGCACUUAAAAUAAUGUAAGGGCAGUUGGGACCGAACAAAAAUUAGGUGGAUACUUAGAGACUUGCCUCUCAGCUGUUCCAUGUUGCUGAGCACACAUUAUAAAUGAGCAUCACUUGCUUCCUCCUCCCCCCACAAAUGUAGUCUCCAUCUUGAUGUGAAGUCUUGCACGGUACUUUUGCCAAGUGGAAAUUUCAUAGCCAAUUCUGCUAGUUUUACUUAUUUAGAUCCCAGCUGUGCUGAGUGUAAAACUUACUACAAAGCUAAAAUGUUCCCAACUCCUAGGGAGUUAACAGUAAGUAGACUCAUAUAAUGACUGGAGCUACUUUCAGAGAUCAGUCAAAUGAUGACAUGGACGACAGAGGUAAAAUAGGAAAAAACUGACUCCGUCUACCCUAGAGUCUUCUGUUCUCUGGGUGUCACUCUGGUGAGUGCUUGUCCACCAUAUUUAAGGUGUAGUUAGUACUGUCAUCCUCCUUGUCUUAUUGAUGUGGUGGGUUUUUCAUGGGAGAUCGUGCUCGAAGAAGUGUGCGAGGGGGAAUGAGUCAUAGUCCAAUUAAAAAACCUCCCUUUUGUGGGAUCUCACUAAAGACUAGUGAGUGGGAAAGAGCUUAAAGCAGAAAGUAAUAAGAUGUGUACAACCUAUGAUAUCAACCUUUUUAAUUUUGACAAUUCUAGUGAACAAUUUUGUUAGGCAUAUAUGCACACUUUGUAGGGGUAUCGAUGAGUCUGAGUCUGUUCACUAUCCAGUUGGUUAAUAAUGGGUUUAAUCGUAUAAUUUACAGAUCAUAAUUCUUGUGUCCAAAUGAUCUGUGAAGAGAUUGAUUCCUUUAUUUUUGUGACUCCGGUUACUUCUGGAGGACAGCCUCCAUCUAUUUCAUUGCUAAUGAUGAAUUUGUUUAAGUUUAUACCCUGUAUUAGACUAUAGUUGAUUUGGAGAAAAUAAGGUUAGGUGCUUGACUGGAGGGAAAACAGGACAUAGUACUAGAUAGAAUGAGUAUGCUUGCGAGUGCUCUUGGUUGUAUGGUAAUUUCUCAGGAGCGACGUUAGCAAUCAUCACCACCCAGAAAACAGCAGUUCUUGAAUACCUUUGCAUGAAAGCAGAGGUCAUACAAAUAAAGUGAAGAAUUCAUGGUAUUUUAAGGAGUGGGAUAGCAAAGUGUGACAACAAAUCAAGAAUUAAUUGGGAAAAUGCAGAGGCUAUUUGAAUUAGAGCAGUAGCAUCUGCCUUCUGGUUGUGUACUGAAGGAAGGUAUUUUGGGUGUGUUGUGGGAAGGAUGCUCUUCACUGUCCUCUGGAUGUUCCCAAUACAGAUAUUGAGGGCAUUUUGGGCUUUCAUUCUUGCCAUUUUAAUUUGUGCUUAUAUUACCAUGAUGCUGAUGUCCUACUGCAGUGACCUUAUGAGCUGUGCAAGAAAUGGUUGGAGUGGCAUGUGGAAUCAAACUUAAACCUCACAGCAAGUCUGCAUGAGUUUGCUAGAAAUAUUUUUUUUUCUUAGUGAGUUUAAUCGUGAGAACCUGAUUGUGGUCCCUAAAUCUAUCUUCAGACUACACUUAUUGCUUACUCUUCCUCAGACUUUACUUUGUAAAAGUUCUUCCUGCAGGCUUGGCUAGCAUCCUGUCUGUGAUGUUACUGGGGAUGUCACAAUCGAAAGCUCAUGCUUUCAAUGCAGGGCAGUUAAGACCUUUAGCUUUCUGCAGAAGAUUCCCUAUUUCUAAAAGAGCCACGUGGCUUGCUCUUGCCAGAAACGCUACAAGCUUCUGCUGCCUUUUGUUGCAUGCUCAUAUUAUUUAAAAGGGACCUUCCUGUGUUCAGGAUCAAAGAUAUUCUGAAUUAAAAUAUGCUUCAAGUCAGUUGAAGAAAUCCAUUCACAACCUUGAUAUUUUAAUUCUAAACAUGAGGCUUGUAUUUUAAAAAAUAUAUCUCCUGAAAAACUUUUACUCCGGAUUCCAAUGCCAUUUGCUUUCUCAAACUCUUUAAGAUGGAAGUUGGCAGCAUAUAGCCUGUGGGCUGAAUCAAGCCCACCAAGCCACUGGACUUGGCCUGCAGAGCAAGGAGGGCUUUGCCUGUGUUUGUGCCCACACUGGCUCCAGGCACCUGGAAGCUACACCUGUACCGCUGCCCCCUUUCCCAGCCCCCCUUGCUCCUUGGGGCACAGCUUCUAGCUGGUGGAGAGCUGUACCACAACUGGAAAGAGGGAGAGUUGGAGGGAAAAGCUGUGCAGCUGGGGAGUGGGAGGUGGAGGGGAGUGGCAGUGGCAGCACAGAUGCAGGCAAAACCCCUUGCCACUGAUGCCAUGUGGCCCAAGUUGAAUCAGAACCGAGCUGUUAAAGGUUCUGGCUACUGCUCGAAGAAAUAGUGGCAGGCUAAAUGGAAUAUCCCUAAACCUGUUGUACUUCUCCUAUGCCUCCUGUUGAUGAGCCCAGUAUUCUGUUCAGUUAGGGAGAGAAUGGGUCACUUACAUUUCUCAAUGGAUCUGUUUCAGCAGUUUUGGUAGUGCUUCCCCGAGCAUGAAUUCAGAAUGAAGCGGCGAUUGGAUGAGCAGGAGUCACCUGUGUAUGCGUCACAGCAGAGACGUAUUACUAGCAGCACUGAAGCUUUCCAGCACCAGCAUCGUGUGCUUGCUCCAGCACCUCCUGUUUAUGAGGCGGUUUCGGAGACCAUGCAGUCUGCCACUGGGAUUCAGUACUCUGUAACUCCCAGCUACCAGGUGUCAGCUGUGCCACAGAGCUCCGGCAGUCAUGGGCCUGCCAUAGCAACUGUCCAUAGUGGACAUCAUCAUACAACACCGGUGCAGCCUCAUGGAAGUCAGGUGGUGCAGAGUCAUGCUCACCCAACCCCUCCAGCAGCACCAGUACAGGGGCAACAGCAGUUCCAGAGACUUAAGGUGGAGGAUGCACUGUCGUAUCUUGACCAAGUAAAGCUGCAGUUUGGUAGUCAGCCCCAAGUCUACAAUGACUUCUUGGAUAUAAUGAAGGAAUUCAAAUCUCAAAGUAUCGACACUCCAGGAGUGAUCAGCCGUGUGUCUCAGCUCUUCAAAGGUCACCCUGACUUGAUCAUGGGCUUCAAUACCUUCUUGCCACCUGGUUAUAAAAUUGAGGUGCAGACAAAUGACAUGGUGAACGUGACAACACCAGGACAAGUUCACCAAAUCCCUACUCAUGGUCUCCAGCCACAGCCGCAGCCACAGUCCCAGCAUCAGUCCCAGCCCUCAGCACAGUCGACCCCAACCCCAGCACAGCCUGCACCACAGCCACCACCUGCCAAAAUCAGUAAGCCAUCACAGUUGCAGGCACAUACUCCAGCCAGCCAGCAGACUCCUCCAGUCCCACCAUAUGCAUCACCACGCUCUCCACCUGUGCAGCCUCAUACACCUGUGACAAUCUCUCUUGGAACCACCCCAUCCCUGCAGAACAAUCAGCCAGUAGAGUUUAAUCAUGCCAUCAACUACGUCAACAAGAUUAAGAAUCGGUUCCAGGGGCAACCAGACAUCUACAAGGCUUUCCUGGAGAUCCUCCACACAUAUCAGAAAGAGCAGCGGAAUGCCAAGGAGGCAGGAGGUAACUACACACCAGCUUUGACAGAGCAGGAGGUGUACGCGCAGGUGGCACGCCUCUUUAAGAACCAGGAGGAUUUGCUCUCGGAGUUCGGGCAGUUUCUGCCAGAUGCUAACAGCUCUGUGCUGUUAAGUAAGACAACUGCAGAGAAAGUUGAGUCUGUAAGAAAUGACCAUGGUGGCACAGUCAAGAAACCCCAGCUCAACAAUAAGCCGCAAAGACCCAACCAAAAUGGCUGUCAAAUCCGACGGCACUCGGGAACUGGAGCAACCCCUCCAGUGAAGAAGAAACCAAAGCUGCUUGGCCUAAAGGAUCAGUCAUUGGCAGAAGCCAGCAAACAUGGUGGGGGGACAGAGUCACUGUUCUUUGAGAAGGUCCGAAAGGCUCUGCGUAGUACAGAGGCAUAUGAAAAUUUCCUUCGCUGUCUGGUUAUUUUUAACCAGGAGGUCAUUUCCCGUGCUGAGCUUGUGCAGCUAGUUUCUCCAUUCUUGGGGAAAUUUCCAGAACUGUUCACUUGGUUUAAAAACUUCUUGGGUUACAAAGAGUCUGUUCAUAUGGAGACAUUUCCCAAGGAGCGCGCUACAGAGGGAAUUGCCAUGGAAAUAGACUAUGCCUCCUGUAAACGACUGGGUUCCAGCUACCGAGCCUUGCCUAAGAGUUACCAGCAGCCCAAAUGUACAGGGCGGACUCCACUGUGUAAAGAGGUUUUAAAUGAUACUUGGGUCUCCUUCCCUUCAUGGUCUGAAGAUUCCACCUUUGUUAGCUCCAAGAAAACACAAUAUGAAGAACACAUCUACAGAUGUGAAGAUGAGCGUUUUGAGCUGGAUGUUGUCUUGGAGACCAACUUGGCAACAAUCAGAGUCCUAGAGGCGAUCCAGAAGAAACUUUCUCGCUUGUCUGCUGAGGAGCAAGCUAAAUUCCGAUUGGACAACACUCUAGGUGGCACGUCAGAGGUGAUCCACCGCAAGGCCUUGCAGAGGAUAUAUGCUGACAAGGCGGCUGACAUCAUAGAUGGGCUGAGAAAGAAUCCAUCUGUUGCAGUUCCCAUUGUGCUGAAAAGGUUAAAGAUGAAAGAAGAAGAGUGGCGAGAAGCCCAGAGAGGAUUCAACAAAGUCUGGCGGGAGCAGAAUGAGAAAUAUUACCUGAAAUCAUUGGAUCACCAGGGCAUCAACUUCAAACAGAACGACACCAAGGUCCUGAGGUCAAAGAGUCUCCUCAAUGAGAUUGAGAGUAUCUAUGAUGAGAGGCAAGAACAAGCUUCAGAAGACAAUGCUGGAGUACCCACAGGCCCGCACCUGUCACUGGCCUAUGAAGACAAGCAAAUCUUGGAGGAUGCUGCCUCCCUCAUCAUCCACCAUGUAAAACGGCAGACAGGAAUCCAGAAAGAGGACAAGUACAAAAUCAAGCAGAUCAUGUAUCACUUCAUUCCAGACCUGCUGUUUGCUCAGCGAGGUGAGCUCUCAGAUGUGGAGGAGGAGGAGGAGGAGGAAAUGGAUGUGGAUGAAGCCACAGGGGCUGCAAAAAAGCACAAUGGUGUUGGCGGCAGUCCUCCAAAAACCAAACUGAUGUUCAACAACACAACGGCUCAGAAGCUGCGCGGCAUGGAUGAGGUGUACAACCUCUUCUACGUCAACAACAACUGGUACAUAUUCAUGCGACUGCAUCAGAUCCUGUGCUUACGACUGCUGAGGAUUUGCACCCAAGCUGAGCGGCAAAUUGAAGAAGAGAACCGGGAAAGGGAGUGGGAGCGGGAAGUGCUAGGCAUAAAACGAGACAAAAGUGACAGCCCUGCCAUCCAGCUGCGACUAAAGGAGCCCAUGGAUAUUGAUGUCGAGGAUUACUACCCAGCUUUCCUGGACAUGGUGCGGAAUCUGCUAGAUGGCAACAUGGACUCAUCUCAGUAUGAGGACUCGCUGCGCGAGAUGUUCACUAUUCAUGCCUACAUCGCCUUUACCAUGGACAAGCUGAUCCAAAGCAUUGUUAGACAGCUCCAGCACAUAGUUAGUGAUGAGAUCUGUGUGCAGGUGACAGAUCUUUACCUGUCAGAGAAUAACAAUGGAGCUACUGGAGGUCUGCUGACCACACAAUCAUCUCGCACCCUUUUGGAGGCUACGUACCAACGCAAAGCAGAGCAGCUUAUGUCUGAUGAGAACUGUUUCAAGCUCAUGUUCAUUCAGAAUAGAGGUCAAGUCCAGUUAACCAUUGAGCUUCUGGACACGGAAGAAGAGAACUCGGAUGACCCUGUGGAGGCGGAGGUAAGAGAGGCAGAGCGCUGGUCAGAUUAUGUAGAGCGGUACGUCAACUCUGAUUCUACCUCCCCUGAGCUUCGGGAACACCUGGCACAGAAGCCAGUCUUCCUGCCAAGGAAUCUGAGGCGGAUCCGUAAGUGUCAGCGUGGUCGGGAGCAGCAGGAGAAGGAAGGGAAGGAGGGAAACAGUAAGAAGUCCAUGGAGAAUGUGGAAAGCUUGGACAAGCUGGAGUGUAAAUUCAAACUGAACUCCUAUAAGAUGGUGUACGUGAUCAAAUCGGAGGAUUACAUGUACAGGAGGACCGCUCUGCUGCGUGCUCAGCAGUCCCAUGAAAGAGUGAGCAAGCGGCUGCACCAGAGAUUCCAGGCCUGGGUGGACAAAUGGACCAAGGAGCAUGUGACCCGUGAAAUGGCAGCUGAAACAAACAAGUGGCUAAUGGGAGAAGGGUUGGAAGGCUUGGUGCCAUGUACCACCACCUGUGAUACAGAGACCCUGCACUUUGUGAGCAUUAACAAGUACCGUGUCAAAUAUGGCACAAUAUUCAAGACACCAUAAGCUCCCUGGGCUAGGGAAGAUCACAGAGUGUGAGUGUGUGUGUGUGCGCGCGCAUCAAGGAAACGAGGAAGAUGCCUUUCUCCCUUCACUGUGUAUCUCCGUAACAUGGCCACUUGACUAGUGCGCAGCUGGUACAACCUGUCACCAGAGGGAUUCUCUUUAGGAAUGUGAAUCCCUACAAACAUGUGCUGGAACUGUUACCCACAGGCCUUUGACUUCAGCAUGCACUGUGGAGGGAAGGACCCUUCUUGGAACUGAGCAAUCCUAGAGAAACACAACUAGCUUGUACACACCAGCAGUGUUGAGACUUGAUUUCCCCAAUGGCUUGAACGUCAAGGGAAGAGAACAGGAUGCCUUCCACAUCCUGAUCGGAUCAGUGCAUUUAAGUUACAUGCUCAGAAGUGUCAUGAAACCCAGAGGUGCCUGUCGCAACUGGAUUUUCCUGUUACGCUGCAGCAGGUUUGCUAGGAUCUCACACGGGGUCAUCACCCCUGCAAUCCAGCUGCCAGAAGCCACCUCAUGGAGCUGCCACUUGCUGCCUCCUUCACCUUCCCUCUACUCCUUCCCAUGCUGGACUCCUGACUUAACCAGUUCAGAUUGGUCUGUCCUUUCUAGUGCCAGUGGAACUGUUUUUGUACCUGCUUGUUUACUAGUCUCUCCUAGUGCCAUGCACCAGCUGUUCACACACAUGUAUACACACACACGAGAGAAACAACACAAUUUUAACAUGUUCCCCUUCCUUUUUUGUAAAUAAAUGUACAUAUUGUCAAUUUUUUUGUUUUUUAUUAAAGAAAGUAUGCUUGAUGUGCUAGCUUAACUGUACUAGCUUCUUGUGUACCAUAGUACCAGGUGGCUUGAGACUUAGUACCUACAGACAGACCUAUGAAGACAUUUAUUACACUUUUUACCAAAGGGAGUUAUCAUUGUAGUGCUUUUGUGUGAAAACUUUUUUCUUUUCUUUUUUUGUAAAUAAAAAUACAUCUUUGUUCUUACUUGAGGAAGACAACUCGCUCACCCACAGCCCUGUUCCUGUUCUGAAAGGCACCAUGCAGCAUGCAGUUUGUGCGGGUGGGAGGGCAUGAGAGAGGGAGAUAUUUGACCACUUUUAUUAUCGGCUUUACAAUCUGAAGGGAAAAAGCAGAAGCAAUGUGUGUGGCUUGUGGAUGAUGUGACCAGGUGAUAAGCAGCCUGUUAAGAUACAUAAAUAUAUAUUAUAUAACUUUUAAUUUUUUUAAUUUUUUUCUGGUGGGUUAUUUUUAUCCACCUUGUCUUCCAGCUCCAAGGAUCUUCACUUUUGGGAAGUGUUACUGAGCUACUUAGCUGGGAUUGAUUGUGCUUAUGUAUUUUUCCCUCUCAGUAUUAGAGAAAAACAUCCUAAGUACCAAACCAGUAUUUGAUAAAGCUGCUUUGUGUGCGAGUGUGCGUGUGUGUACGAGAGAAGGGCAUAUGGGUGGGCUUUUUGGUGCAUUUCACUAGUGAAAUCCUCAAAUGGGAUAUAUAUUUUUUUAAGUAUAGAAAUUUAGUGCUGGCAGAUAUUUAAACAGUGGACAAAUCUGAUUUUAAAAGAAGUCAGCAUGGACUUCGUAAGCCACGACAGACACAGCUGCACUGUCUCACCUCCUCGGAGAAAGUGUCCUUUCCUUGCACAAAGUGAUGCUGCCAGGAGUUGUAGCGCCCAGACUGCUUCCACACUCCCAGCUGCAGAGCCACAAAAGCAGUUUUGCCACUUUUCAGAAGUCUACUUAUUAAAUCUGCCACGGGGAUUUUGAGACAGAUGCUUGUCUCCUCUGGGAACUGAGUUCUUUCCUCAGGCAGAGAGAGAUGGAGAGGAGCAGGGUGCAAAAGGUUUGGAGAAGGGGAAUCGCUCCAAAUCUUGAAGCCUGUGGGGGAGCUGAGGGGCAAAAGUGCAUGGCCUAGAGGGGUCAUUAGUCAUUGGCAGCCAAUGUACGGAGAGUGGUUCCAGCCACGGUGAUGAAUGGAAGCCUCCUAUGGAGAGAGGAAAAGAGAGUAAAGAGCCCACCAGGGAGUAUUCAGAGUUUGCCAGCAAUAAGUUACCUGUCCAGUUUCUCCUCCUUUCACUGUAUUCAGAUAGGAAGGGGGGUUCUCUUGUGUCCUCUUCCAUUUCAAAGGUUUGACACAUGCUCCUCACCCUACCUCCCCCACCCUUGGGUGUUUCUUUUCUAUGUAUGCUAAAGCUGAUCUGGAAGUGGAAGUCUGGAUGACUUUUGCCAGCUUGGAAGUAACAGCUGCUGCUGCUUUGUGGGUGUGUUGUCCCAAGAGUCUGUGCCUGCAUGUCAUUUGAGCGGAAUGGGGUUAACAUGGCGGGAUUUCUGCUGUUAAAGGUGCCCAGGUAAAAAAAAAAAAAAACAACCAACCAACGAUGGGGAGUCAUCCUCCUCCUGCAGCAGGGUUUUCACAAAUGGCUUUCAUCCCUCCCGAUGUCUGACAUCCGAGCUCCAAGCUCCAAUCCCAGCCUGUACAAUAGCAAAGAUUUCUUUUUAUUUUAAAUUGCUUUUUGUAUUCUGUAAUGUGAUCCUUGGCCACCUAUCCAUGUGAUGAUUUCUAUACAAAUGUUGUAAACUUGACUGUAGUGCAGUAUUUCCAUUAAAAUAUCAGGGCUAA